AAAGGGUCUUUUCAUGAGUAAGUAAACUUUUUUAAAAACUAUGCCAUAGUGUGCUUUUUUUCACAAAGGUGAACUGCAGAGAGUUGCCUUCACACGUUAUACAAACCUGUACUGUGACUUGGAUAGCUUGUUUGCUAUGCUCUUUCAAAACAUUCAAGGGCAUCACAAAGGGCCACGCUUCAUUUCCAAAGACUGGGUUGGUAUCAAACCUCCCAUAGAUGCUGCAAUGGUUGGCCGACUGUAUGUAAACCCUGGUCCCUCACCAUCUCCAGCCAGCAGCCUGAGCAGAGGCCGACCUGGAAGGAGAAAGAAGACCUGGGGUCGAGGAGCCAGAGUGAGCCGCUCGCUGUUUUGGGAAGACUUUGGAUUGGACUACGAGGAAAGGUAUUAUGGAGCAGAGAAGCGUGGAAAAAAUCAGAAAAAAGGCCGUGGAAGACGUCCAUCUUUCUUUGACGUGAGCUAUGACCCGACAGACUACAUAGAUGUGGAGGUCGUUCAAGAGAAGGCCACGCCUGUGCAGAACGUCUACUUUUUUAAGAAAGAUAAAUACUACAGGGUGGACCUGCAGACCAAACGGAUUGACUACGUAAACCCUCCUUACCCAAGAUCCAUUGGCAAAUAUUGGUUGGGAUGUAAAGAAAAGGACAUGUCAGAAAAAAGAUAAGAAACAAGUUUUCCAUAUUUGCGUUAAUCAUAAAGAUUUUAACGUUAUUGCUUAAUUAGAAGCCAUUUGUGAGGAUUAAUUAGUACUAUCAAUAUUAUAGUUCGCUAAGUAUUCCUGAUGUGUUACAUCACAGUUAUAUCUGACAUUUGCAUGCAUUGGGAUAAAGCUUCUGAUAAACUUAUUUCUAUGAUUCAGUAUUAUAUGAUAUUGAAUGAACCUAUGAACUAUUCUUGUUAUAAGUAUAAAAAUGCUGAAUAAUAAUAAACUGUCUGUUCAGUGCAA